GCAAGCGAGGAAAACCGCAGAGCUUCACCAGAAACAUGCAGUUUUUCCUCUGUAACACGUGGGAUAGUUUAUUGCCACUUCAUUGAUGUUAGCAAUAAUAAGCAAAACAGGAAAGAGCAGUGGACAUAGUGGCAGAUGUACAGAUAGUGGCGCAAGAAAAAGAACUGCAUGUGCCACAUUGCUUCUUAUCAGCACGAAAAAUAAGAUUUUAAUCAAACACACAUUAUCUGCACUGGCUUUAAAAACAUUGCUGCGGAGCAAGCAGGUCUUUGUCACUUGCCAGUGCAAACUCAUUCUUAAAUAAUUAGAAUUAAAAAAAACAUGUACAGUAAAAAGUAAAAAAAUAUAUCUUCAGUGAUGGAAAAUUUGYAUUUGCAUGACUUUAGAUUGACACCAAAUCAUUAAUCAUCAUUAUAGAGCUAUGCGGUUAUAAAAGUUAAAAGCGCCUUGCAAAAAUGUUUCCACACAUUGAGCUUGCUCACUUUAUGGCACAUUUAAACCACAAACUUCAAUGUAUCUUUUUUUAGGAGAAAAAUGGUCAUAGAAAAACUCAAAAUACAAUUGGGGAGUGGAAGAGAAAUAAUACAAAUCUUUUAGGAUGGGUUAAAUGCAAACAUCUAAAAAGUGCAACAUAAAUUUGUAUUCAUUAUUGCCAGAGUAAAGGUGGAAACUGGGAAAAAUUSCCCAAUUCUUCUUUGCGAAAUAGCUGCACCUCUGUCAUCUGCGAAAAGCAAUUUUUAAGUCCAAAAGAACAAUAAAUUAUGAAAACAAUAACACAAAUUUAUUUUUUGUAUUGUGCCUUUAUAUUUUCCAAUAGGUCAUGUUAUUUAUGGAUUUGAAUCUUUUAAAGUAUCUGACUGAUUUUCAUUUGACUUAUUCUGGUUUGUCAUGUGUCUCUUCUUGCUUAAAUUUCCCGUGUAGAAUAAAGACAAGAGAUUACGACACAAAACUUCAAGUUCACCUCGAAAUUUUCUCUACCAAAAUUUAUCUUCCUGCGCUUCCUUCCUAUAUUAUCAGUUGCAGUCUAAAGGGGUCUAAAUUAAAUCAUUAAGUAAGUUGUAUUUUGAAUAACUAUUUCUUUUAAAUGAUAAAUUUUUUAACAAUUCCUCGUAGCCGUGGGCUUGUUGACACUUUCAUUUCCGAUAGCCAUGAACGCAGCAUGAAGAGGCUCCUCCCCCGGUAGAGCGAGCGGGAAGUUCACACGGUUGCUACUUUGUAUGCGUAAACUGCACAUUUCUUAAAUAUUUCUGUGGAUUUUUAUCAUAAAAAUAGUUUAGAGGAGCUUAAACAGGACUACAGCUAUGAGCACGGAGGAGAAGAGUGUCCAUGCAUCAUCCAGGAGCUUCGGACAAUGCACCUACACGGCGGAGGAGUACCGGGCCGUGCAGAACGCUCUGCAGCAGCGGCUGGGACCCGAGUUCAUCAGCACCAGAAUGGCUGGAGGAGGACAAAAGGCAACAAACUCUGUGUUUCUUCAAAGCCGUGACGAGCAUUUUAAAGACUUCCUGCAACAAACCGCCUCUGGGGUUUGAGCUAAACGAACCUUUUUCCUGUUUUGGACAGGUCUGCUACAUUGAAGGCCAUCGCGUCAUCAGUCUGGCCAAUGAGAUGUUUGGAUACAAUGGAUGGUCUCACUCCAUUUCCCAACAAAAUGUCGACUUUGUAGACCUCAUCAAUGGGAAGUUUUAUGUUGGAGUCAGUGCGUUUGUCAAAGUGCAGCUGAAGGACGGGUCGUUUCAUGAGGAUGUGGGGUACGGAGUCAGCGAGGGUCUGAGGUCUAAAGCUCUGUCUCUGGAAAAGGCGAGAAAGGAAGCGGUGACAGACGGCAUGAAGAGAGCUCUGAAAUGUUUUGGUAACGCUCUCGGAAACUGCAUCCUGGACAAAGAAUACCUCCUUGCCAUCAACAAGAUUCCCAAACAGCCUCGUCCUGAUCUGGACCCGGCACAGACGAAGCGCUCCGAGGGCCAGCCGUCCGUAGAGAAGGCCCGCUUCUGCAGUCUGGUCAGAGAUCGAAACCCAGCGAGUGCAACAGAACCUGCCAGGAUGCCACUGGAGCCCAGAGUCCUCAAUCAGAACCAACCAGAGGACCACCGGUCCAGUUCAGCUGGCUCUGCCCCCGACCUAAAGACAGAAAACGUCCUCUCCAGGUCAGCCGCGGACGCUGCCGCCGCCGUCAUGUCCGGCCCAAACGCGGACCCCAAACAUCUGAGAAAGCUGCGGCAGCAGCAGCUGCAGCAGAAGUUCAGGAGGGAGAUGGAGGCCAAGAAGCUGCAGCAGAAACUGCAACAAGCAAAGACUGAGGAGGCGGAGGUUGCGAUGGGACAGAGAUCCACGGGAGGUGAGGACGGUGCGUCUGCGUUUAGCGACAACACAACAUCCGAUAACCAGUCAGGCGGCAGGAACACAUGUACAGACGACCCAGAACUCUGGGAUUUCACUUUGGAUGGGAUCGAGGAGCUGGACGUUCCCGCAGGCGCGUCUUCUCCCGGAGGGAGCAUGCCCAGAACGCCAGGGAGUCACCAGAUGCAGACGAGAAGUAAAACGCCUCAGAGAGCGUCGACCAGAAGCCCGAACACUCACUCCAGAACGCAGCACAACAAUCAGUACCAGGGGAGACCAGGUGAGGCCUUCAGUCCAUACAGACAAGGACAGCAGCUGAAGAAACGCCGGCUGGACACAUGACAGUUUACGCUGCGCUUAGAUUAAAACCUAUUUAUUUUCAAUAUACUCGUGUUCCUCUUGCACAGCAUUACUGCUACGUUACAAUGUUUGCACAUCAUCGAUCAAAGAAAACCGCUUCUGCUCUUAAAAGUGUUUUAAAUAGAAAAAUCGGAAUAAAAUGUUGAAAUCUUUUGAGGAGACCCUGUAAACAGACAAAUGACAUGGACAUUGUUUGUAUUUGAUAUUUUUAUUUGUUUUUACAUUUUGUACAAUGUGGAAAAAUGUACACAAAACAGACACAGAAUCACAGGAAGUCAGGAGGGAUCGGAUGCGAGUGGAACUAUGCGCCGGGGCCUUUAACAGGACGGAGGGGUCUGGGAAUUGUGUGAUCGCACAUGUAUGUUAACCUUUGUGAGCUUGUGUUGUGCAGUGGUCAAGUUGUGAAUUGGUCGUUUGUUUAUAGGAAUAAACACCCAGUAAAGCUAGCAUGCUGAUAACCUGUUGCUGAGGUUGCGACUGUGAUAUUGAUGACUGUCAGGAAAAGCAAACGAGUAAAAGAAAUACUUAUUCCGUUAUCAAAAACGUCGAAGUUAACACUUCAUCAGCAUGCAAAUGUUUCCAACACCCCUCGCUCCCCUAUAAAACGUUAAACAUUGCAUAUUCUGCAUUGCAGGAAGUCAUUUUUUUCUCUAGAGAAGUUAAACAAUUCGAUCUACAAGCAGGCGAAAGAGUCACAACAACAGCAUGGCACUGCUGCGAGGUGGUGAGGCAGCAGCUGAGUCAGCAGGAGGACUUUUGAACCUUUGUACAGCCCACUCUCCACUUAAAACACGUGCUUCUAUAAAGUUGUUUAGUAAUAAAUUCACAAAGAAAAUGUCAGCAAAACAAAACAAUCCAUGUUCCCACGAGUCAAGUAGAAAUACACAGCUGAUUACACAACCAACACAAACGUAAAUGUAGAGAGAAAAGAAACGGCACAUUUUAACUCUGCUCUUGGUUCUGUGUCUGUUUCAGC